AUGUUAUAUGAAAAAAUUGUUUUGCAGAAUUUGAUCUCACGAGACGUGAAGGAAGCAUUAGUGGAAGAAAAUAAAUCGCUUGCUGUACGUCCAUUACUGCAAAAGGAUCCAAAAAGUGGCGUUUGGAAGUACGUAACAACGUUACAAGUGUCUCAUACUCAAGAGUUGAAUCAUUUAAUGCAAGGAGGAGAGAAACAAAACAAGCAUCAGUUACCUGCCAUGGAUGAUGUAAAUGAUAUCAGUAAUUACUAUAAUUCUGAACAAUAUUUGAGUACAAAAAUAUUUUUAUAUGGUCAGUGGAAAAGACUUGAUUCUGAUUUGUAUGACAGAGUAAGUUAUCUGGACCUUGUAUCACAACAUGAAGAAAAAGAACGAUCAAGAAAAAUGAAGGAAGCUGAAGAUUUCCGUCUUUUACGUGAUCUUUUGAAUAUGUCUUCUGAUCCAAAUCUGCGAUUGAUAUGGGCCGAGGCUGUAGAUUUGCAUGAAUUAAAAGGUCACUCUGACCAAAGCGAAUUCCUUAUCCUUAGAAAACUUCUGGGUAUUGAUCGCAUCUCAUACGAUACUUUGUCACGAUUUUAUAUUAAAGGUCAUCUGGAUAACUUUGGGAAGCCUGCACUUUGUUAUCCUAGAUAUAGAGGACCUAGUAGUCGUGUGCGAUUACCAGCAGGAUUGAAAGUUAUACGAAAAGUUGUAGGUGAUCGUCUGGAAAAAGAAAAUUAUCCUGAGCCAGAAAAUGAUGGGAAAACAUUAUUUUCGGGUAUUUUUGGUUAUCACAUGGUGACAGCAUCCGACCGACGUAUUGUGCUUACAACAAAUGAACGUGAUGCUUUAGCUGUAUUUGAAGCUACUGGUGGAAUGUUGUGUAUAGCAUUGCCAAAAGGCGAGCAGUUAGAUACAAGUGUGCUACCAUAUUUGGAAGAUUUUGAUAUGGUCUAUCUUUGGUUUCCUUAUGUUCAAGAAAAAUAUGCAAAAGAUUACGCUUCCUUGUUAAAUGCUACUCGUUGCUUUAUUGUUGAUAAUCAUGAACGUCCCAUAGAACUUUUUCGUUCUGAUCGCAGACGUGAAAUUAACAAAGCUAUCCGAGAGGAUUCAAUCCGUAUGCGUGUUAAAGGAUUUCGUUCAUUAAUUGAUAUAAGAGGCGAGCUCAAAUCUGAAAUAGUCAAAGAUCAAUUUAAGAUGAAUGGAAUAACACAGUGGAAAAGAUUUGAUGUAUUAAAUCGGUAUUUACGUGGAUUUCGACUUGGAGAAAUGACUGUUGUAACAGGUGGAACAGGCUUUGGAAAGACAACAUUUUUGUGUGAAUAUGCGCUGGAUCUUCUUGUUCAAGGAGUACGGACAUUAUUUUGUAGUUUUGAAAUGCCUGCUGAGAAAAUUUUGAAGUGGAUGCUUGUUCAAUUCGCUGCGUUACCGUUGUAUAAAAUAGAACAUCAUCCAGCUGUUGAAUUGUGGAUUGAUCGUUUUGAAAGAACGAAGGGAGAAUUGGUAAUAAUGAAAGCAGACGAAUUCCGAAACCGUUCCGUUACUCAAAUAGCUAAUGCUAUCAGAAGUCAGGUUACAGCUGGAGAAAUUCAGCAUGUUGUAAUUGAUAAUUUGCAGUUUUUAGUUGGUCUCGCCAUUUUGAAUGAUGAGAGAACAAAUUCAUUCGAACGCUUUCAUCAACAAGAUCGUUUUGUUGGUUUGCUACGAAGUAUUGCUACUGAUUGUAGUACUCACAUUACAGUGGUUGUUCAUCCACGAAAAACAAAUAGUGGAGAAGAUCUUGACAUACAGCAUUUUGGAGGUUCGGGACGAGUUACACAGGAAGCUGAUAACAUUUUUGCAUUGCAGCGACGACGAGACGAAGUUGACAGACGUCGAUUUCGUAAAUUUCUUUACAUCUUGAAAAACCGUUAUGGUCAAAGAAGAGUUGAGGAUGAUACGAUUGAAAUGAUUUUUCAACCAGCUACUUACACACAUGCACUAGUUGAUUUAUCAGUUGGUACUAUGAGUUCUUCUUCUAAGUGA